GAUUUUACCUGAACGCACGCCUCAAUAAUAAUAUCACUUAGUCUCGUUCGGUGUUUUUUGCCGUGAAGGUGAUCUCCAACAAUAAAUACUUUGCUUUCGUUUGCGCCUCUCCGGUACCAAAUGCCAUCAGGAGUUUACCUAGUUUACCUAGUUUUUCAGUUAUUUUAGUGCAGUUUUUUUUUCCAAACGCCAGUUUUUUUGUUCUUAUUUAUUUAUUUUUUGGGAUUACUAUGCUUUUCUAAACUUAGUUCGCUAAACCAAAGUCGCCCAAAUGCCUAGAGAGGGUGCAAGGGCCGGUGCUUUGAGUGGUGACGGAGAGGGUCACCUGUUGAGGUCACCUGUACGAAAAGAGAGGCUGUCGAAAUCGAAACAGGAACUUGCCGAAGAAGCUGCAAGGGUCAUCCAUCAAGCUGACAAAGUCGACUGUGUCAGCAAAGGCGGAGUCCAUCCCGACAAGUUCUACACACUUCCCGCAAGGAAGAAGCACCCUGACUUCAAUCCAAACUCCCUCGGACGCAGCACGAAGCGACGAAACAGCGACGAAGUGACACCACCUAAAAAACCACCGAGAACUUUUGCAUUCAACAGUGGAAGCAACAACAGCAAACCGGCUCAGCGUUCAUCGAUCUUCAAUAUCUUCUCGAAAACCGAAAAGGAACCGAAACCCAAGAAGUCGAAUUUGAGGAGAAGUGUGAGCGAUGCUAGCAAUUUGAAAACGCACAAUAACAAUGUUAGAUCGAGAACGAUCAGCGAAUCAGAAGAUACGCCGAAUCUGAAGACUAAGAAACAGCUAUCUCCGAUCAUCGAAGUUACACAGCGAGAAGAUUACUUCGCUCCCGCAGAUAACUUGAGACAAAGCGCGAGUUUUAAGGAAAACAAUAAAAAUGUAGAAAACGAAAUAAAGCCGCCAGCGAGAAAAAAAGAUAAGAAAACUAGCAGUGUUACCGAGCAGCUAAAGGAGUACAUUGAUGAGGUUGACACGGCUAUUCUGAACGAGACGACGAAACCGCCGGAAAUCGUAAUAAUUGAUGUGGAUAAAGCUGAGAAAAUCUCGAGCAAAUCCAAACCGAAACUGAACACUUUCGGCAAGAAGCUUAAGGCUAUCACAAAGAAGAGCAAAAGCAAGAAAGAGGAGAUCAAAAAAGAGGAAUCAAAGAAGGAGGAAAUUAAGAAAGAGGAGUAUAGAAAACAGGAGUCCAAGAAACAGGAGUCCAAAGCAGUAGAAAAACCGGAGAAAAAAGAGUCAGAAAUGAUCCACAGCAGUCAGCAGCCAGUCGAUAAGUUGCCGUUGACCAGAGGAAGGACCGUUGAUACCAUGGUGAAGAGGUUAAGUCACGAAGGAUCUUCGCCUCCUCCAAAAACCAACAUAAUGAUCAGUCCAAACGUCUCAGUGCAGCACAACAAUAACCAACCAUUCUCUUAUACUAGAGGAGUCAGUCCUGAAAGGAAUCCCAUUAUUUACGCACAGGUCGUAUGUGGAAGCAACGGUUCCGGAGCUAAGCAAACAGUGCACACCACAUACACCAAUGGAAAGAAGCAUCUUCCACAUUCCGAUUCUGAUGAAGGUUUAGGAUAUGAAGAAAACUCGAAUUGCCGUGAAAAAAGCAUAACGCAUUUCGGAGAUGAAAAAUACAAUUACAGUGAUGAUAGAUUUGAUGAGGAGUUUCCCAUAACGCCUAAAUUCAAGAGCAACGGUUACAAUGGCUACACCAGCUACGAAAAUAAAUUCUCGAAAGUUGAUCAGAACGGUGUUUUUAUCGAUUCUUCGUCUAGAGGAAGAGGUGAUGGUAUGGAUUCCAAAAGACGCGAGAGCUUAACAGAACCUGAUCACGGUAUCUCGACGAAAUUCAGCGGAAGCAUGAAUAAUCUUAAUCGCAAAGAUCUGAGCGCCAGAAGGGAUUUGCUGGAAUCGAGGAUCAACAGGAGGUUCGGAGAUAAAGCUAUUAGGAAUUCCCCAACCAACGUUUACGUAACGGAAACUAGCUCACGUUAUUAUCGAAGCGGAUCUGCGAGUCCAAUCGGAGUCAAGGAGAAGUUCGUUUCGGAGACGAAAACAGAUAGGAACGGCGUUCAGUAUACAACGAACGUGCACACCAAAAAGUAUUUGGGAACGGACGAAAGGGACGGCUUCAAGGAUUACAGAUAUAACAGCUUUGAGAAUGAACCGAAGAGCUUUGAUUCGCAAAUCAGCGAUUACCGGUCGAGUCCCGAGAACAGGCAUUUCGAAACUAGUCACAGAACGAGCCACCACAGUAGUAACAACAAGUACACUGCGAAGACGGAAAAACUAUCCAAAGAUCGCGACUACUACAAGUCGAAUCCUGAGAUUGCACAUAGAGCGUACAACUAUGAUGAUCACAGGCGAUACCAAGAUAGUUAUCAUGAUUCGCUUAAACGAGAGAAGCACGAGGCGGUUAAUGGAAAAUAUUUUGAUCAAAACGAAUGCGAGAGAAAGGAUAAAUUUGGUGAUUCGGGUAUUGAGAAUGACUUCAGGAGGGAUUCGGGGGAGAGAAGACACAGACGUAAGGAGUUCUCCAACGAGAGUGAGGAUGAAGGUUUCGCGAGUUCUUUGUUAAUAGCCAGCGAAAGGCAACACACCGAAGAUAACUUUGCUAAGAGGAAUAAGAAAGGAUAUGACUCGGAUCGGGAUAGAUACAAUAGAGAAGAUGAUCCGUACAGACAUGUUGAGAGUAUGGAGUACAAGAGCUACAAGAAGCAGGACUACGCUCCACGAGAGAGGAGUAUCGAUGAUGGAUCGCACUUUGAUCCGAGGAUUGAUAAGAAUGUUGACAAGGAUAGGAGCACCCUAAAGAAGAUGGAUAAGAAACCACCGAAACCGGAGAAGAAGAGUUCCCUUGAAAAAAUGAAGCAAUUGUUUACGAGCAGCAAAAAAAAGAAGGAAAAGGAGAACAGUCUCAGGUCCAGCAGGUAUACAGAAUACAAAGGAGCCAGCAGGGUGGAGCCGAAAGGGUACAACAACAGUAGGAAGGAAAUCGCAGAUGUAAACACGGGUUACGAUUACAAUAACCGUAGACGUCUUUCGACGCCGAGCCCUUCGCCGCCCAGGGAACAGCACAGAAAUGGUAAAGCAGAACCUUCGCAUCACGGCAGUUGGUUCAAAUCUCUGGACAGGCUAUCACGGAAGAAAACUAAGAAGGGUGAAAGUAACCUGACAAGCACUGAAGACGAAAUUCCGAAACCGACGAAGAACUUGCGGUUCUUCGGAGACACCGAUAUCGAAUCGAACGACAGCGUCAGACACAAAUCUGCGUUGAAAUCUCGACCGGGUUUGUCGAGCCGCGAUCGCGUCCGCAGCCAAUCCUCUCGCGACCUGCAUAACAUCUCCGAGGAGUCCAAUCACAAGAAUGUCCACAAAUCAAUGUUGAACAUUAUGGCUGAUUCCGAUAGAGACAUCAAGGGUUCCAGGAUGAGCUUGAAACCACCGGCAUCUCCGGCUCACAACAGGAGCACGAGGGAUCUGUCCAGGUCUCGAGAGGAUAGAGGAAGGAGAAGGAAGAACGAGGUCAGCUCGGUGGAAAGCUCAACCGAAGGAGACAGCAGUCAACAGUCGCAGAGGAGCGUCGUUUAUUUACAUGCUGCAACUGUUGGAGAUAUACCUGGUCCCGGAUAUUUAAGAAACGGAAGACGUGCCGCCUCCAGAGAAGAACUUGCUUCGAACAGUUCAAGCCGCAUCCAACCUCAGGUGAAGACGCUAAGUCGAUCGUUCUCAGUGUUGGCCCCGUGGAAACCGCGCCACUACAGGGAAGGUAUGGACAUAGAUUACACGCAGUACCCGAAGCAAACGAAGAACGGGAAGUACGAGCAAAACAAGAACAGUUCUAGUCGGAAGGAGUCUUCGACGCUGAAGAAGAAGGCGCAGGAGACGCGGCGUUCCAAUCAAAAUAUGUCGACGUUGAAUAGGAAGUCGCGCAGCAAAGAGAACAUAAGCACGCUGAAAAGGGAGGUGAAAGGUUCCACGUCCAGCCUGUAUAAAAAGAAGGAGCGUCAACCUAAAGAGAACAACAGAUACAAUAGAGAUGACAAGAGGAUGGCAUCGAAGAGCAUGUCUGUAGAGUCUCUGGGAAGCAACAAGAGCGCUAGGAAGGGUGAAAGGGAGGUGUCCAGGUCAAUAUCUAUGCCCAGGGAUCCAGAGAAAAGUGCUGGGUGGUUCAAGAAGAGCAGCAGUAAAAAGACAUCCAGCAAUCAACGUGCAUGAUCGUCGAACUCUUCCACUCGUGUUUUAUUUUUGUUUUUACUUUUUUUUAUAUAAUUGUUUUAUUUUUUCAGAGCUUUAUGUGCCAUUUCCGUUCUCUCGAUGAUUUUUCCACAUUAAAUUUUUCGGAGAUGAACCCGGUCGAUUUUCGUGCCUUAACAUGUUUUAUAAUAUAUAUUUUUUAUUGUAUUAGCUUUAAGAACACAUCCAUUAUAAAUAAA